AUGUUUGCACAAGCAACUCCUGCUAUGCAAACCAUCGCUGCUGCGCUUAUUGAUGGGGAUCAUCACACCGUUGAUGAAUUGACGCAAACCGCUCUGGAAGAAGGCAUAGAAGCAUUGGAGAUUAUGGAUGACGGACUCAUCGCUGCGAUGGGAAUCGUUGGCAUCAAGUUCCGGGAGAACUUCAUCUUUGUGCCAGAAGUCUUGGCGUGUGCCCGGGCAAUGAAAGCCGGAAUGGCGCAUGUUGAACCGAUUCUUUCAGAUUCAGGUAUCGAGCCGGUUGGCACAGUGAUUAUGGGGACCGUCAAGGGGGACCUGCAUGAUAUUGGCAAGAACUUGUGCAUCAUGAUGUUGCGCGGAGCAGGUUUUGUGGUACACGAUUUGGGUGUUGACACCUCUGAUGAUGAAUUCAUUGAGGCUUUUGAGGAAUAUGAAGCACCGAUCUUGGGAAUGUCGGCACUCCUAACGACGACAAUGCCGAACAUGGGGAAGACAAUUGAUGCUUUUAUUGACGAAGACUUGCGGGAAGAAGUCAAGAUUAUGGUAGGGGGUGCUCCGGUUACACAGACAUUUGCUGAUGACAUGGGUGCUGACGGAUACGGUAAAGAUGCGCUGGAAUGUGUCGCUUUAGCUAAACAGUUUCUUGAGGAACCGGACGAAGAGUGGUAG